CAAUCAGCCGAGUGUGACGUCAGCGGAAGAAGAAGAAGCGCUCUGUGUACAGCUGUGUUUAUAUACUCUAUUAGCAUCACUUUCGAUUAUGUGAUUUAAGACAUGAUUUCUGAUUUAAACUUUAAUUCUGAAACACCGACAUGAGCGACACGAUGGAGAGCCGAGAGCAGCGCACUCUUGUGUCCGAGCGAGAGGCUUCAGAAGAGACCAAGAGACGGGGAAACAGGGAUCAGCCGAACACAGGAGACGGGCGAGAGAAGACCGGACCGUAUCUCAUGACCAAAGCUCAUGCUCUCAACACCAAACUCCAGCGACAGAGAGAGUCGGCCAGACGAGUUCUGCUGCAGAGAGGCUCGAGUCCAGCCAGGUCUUCGCUUCAUCCGCCGAGACACAAACCAAAGACUGUGAAGUUUAAUAAGGGAUACGCUGCCUUGAGUCAGACAGGAGAAGAUUCGCUCAUCUCGCUGGAUUCAGACAGUGAUGCGGAGCUGGAUUGUUCGUCUGGAUAUUCCUCAGCUGAGGUGCACCCGGACCUGAGUCGGCAGCUGCUGAAGGAUGGAUAUCACCUGGAUGAAAUCCCUGAUGAUGAAGAUCUGGACCUCAUUCCCCCGAAAGCCUUGAGCUCCUCCGUCUGCUGCUGCGCUGAUGUUUCAUCCUGCUGUGUGCAGUGAAGUGUGUGUGUGUGUGUGUGUGUGUGUUUAAUGGAUCAAAGAGUUCUGCCCAAGUUCUUACAGUGUUUUUAAGAACAGUCAUUUUGUUUGUGAUGGUUGAAGCCCCGCGUCGUUCAUUCUGUUGGUAAAACACUUGUUUUCGACGCUCAUGCAAGUGUGAUUCGCUAGUGUCCGUAUCCCACAAAACCGCUUCGCAACCCUGUCAUUAAUCACCCUA